AUGGGUGAUAAGAAGAAAAAAAUAUCGCGUUCGCCUCUGGCCGCUGCAGUCUACAGCGGAUCCGUGGUAAGCAGUGACGGCCUCAGUGUAGAGAGUGCUACACCGUUGAGUUUGGAGGCCGAGUGGACCCCAUCUGUGCAUUGCAAGCAGUACGGUGUCGGUUUGCAACCCAUUGUUAAAGUGCGCAACGACUGGACGCCACUUAACACGCCGUAUACACCGCAGCUGAUGAAGCUACAUCUAAAAAGGCAUGAGGGUUACGACGAACGGGAUGAGUACGAUGAACGCCCUGGUAUGCAGCUGGUAACGAUGGUCAAAUCUAAGAUCGUGCUUGUGAUGCAGCCUGUGCACAAAAUUCGAUGCACAGUAGAUCAUGUUGUAGGGAUGGUGGUGCCAAGAAUAAUCCAAGAAGCCGUAUUAUUUUCUAAGAUGCGCCCGUGGAUCGCUUGGCAUUUAACGGCCAUGGUGUGUGUGCCGUUUGUUAUGCUUUUGUGUCCGAUGCUUAUUGCGCUUAGCAUCUGCACGUCGCCUAUUUGGAUUUUGGGUGUCGUAGUUUUAUUCAUUCGCCUUCUCACGCGAAGUCACUUUCCUACCGAAGAAAAAUUUAGUCCCGACUCGGAGGAAGAAGAGGAAACAAGUCCGCACCACCCGAAUUCGAUAUAUCGACGUGCGCACCUCACCAACCACGAGUAG